CACGAAUUGUGGAGAAGUGGCACUCGGCUCAUCCGAAUCCCACGAUUUCCCCACCUCGUCCAUCUAUACAGGAUGAGUCUUUCUCCGACUUCGCUCAGAGUAAUAAGCUAUAAUAUCCCCUCACCCCUCACUUCUCAUCUCCAAUCGAUAAUACCUCCAACCGCCAAAAUGUCCAAAAUCGCUGCCACCUUCUCCCGCCUCGUGCGCUUCACACCCAAAUCAAAUCCGUCGAGGAUUCUCAUCGGCGAGCCAGUCGACGCAUCGCUCGAUGUCGGUCUUGCAAUCUACAACAACCAAGACGUCCCCGUGCGCGCAUUCAGCGGGUCCUCCGUGCUGAGCCCCGGCUCAGCGACGGGGAUAACAGAGACUAUCGGCCGUCUGCUCUCUCCACUGGCCAGCAGCGAAGUUGGAACGAUCCGGUGUAUCGGGUUGAAUUACGUCUCCCACGCCAAAGAAAUGUCCCUCGAAAUCCCCACCGUCCCGACCCUCUUCCUCAAACCCAGCUCUUCACUAGCAGACCCCUUCCCUGCGCCAACGGUGCUUCCCAAAAUCACCCAGGCGGAUGGGACGGGCGACUACGAGGCCGAGAUGGUGAUUGUGCUGGGUCGCGAGGCGAAGGAUGUCAAUGAGGCCGAGGCGAUGGAGUAUGUGCUCGGUUAUACCGCUGCGAAUGAUGUUAGUUCGAGGACGAGUCAGAUGAAUCAGAGUCAGUGGUGCUUUUCCAAGGGGUUUGAUGGGAGUUGUCCGAUUGGCCCAACACUCGUCUCCGCAAAGGAAAUCCCCGACGUAUCGAAACUCCAGAUCAAGGGAUUGAAGAACGGGAAUGUCAUGCAGGACUGCCAAUUGACCGACCUCAUCUUCUCCGUCCCCAAGCUCGUCAGCUUCCUCUCACAGGGCACAACCCUCCCCGCAGGAACAAUCAUCCUGACGGGUACACCACCGGGCGUCGGAGCGGCCAAGAACCCCAAGGAGUUCCUCAAGGGAGGGGAUGAGUUCCGCGUGGAGCUUUCGCCGCUUGUUGGCACUCUGAUCAACAAGAUUGAGAAUCAAUAGAUUAUCUGAUGUCAAUGUUGUCGAGACGCGAGGGAUAGGUUUCAGGGAUAUAGACUGGAGGAAUAUGCAAAAGAGGUAGUGGACUGCGACUGCGAAUAGAACAUCUAUCAUGAUCAUCACACAAGAGUUGAGUUUCUAGGAUAGAGAGGGGAAGGAAAUAAAACAACCCAAUCAGCCCGCACCGAGAUCUAUACAUAUACUAAGUAGCUUCGUUCUCUUCAAGUCUACUGCCCCUCACCCCAACACUCCUCUAAAACCUCCAUAAACCCACCCUCCCGUAGCGCCGCAUAAACCGUCGAAAUAUGCGACCCGAUCGUCCUCUUCCCCGCCUUAUCCCCACUCCCAUACGUCGGGUGAUCUUCGAGUCCCCUGUGCAUAGGCACACCGAGCGUGUUGCGCACAUACUCGUAGACCGUGCGCGACGAAGCGCAGAGAUGUAUUGGGGUUAUCGAGGUAUGGUCCUCGAAGUGUGCGGAGCGGGUCUGGGCGUAGGUGGCUUUUAGGAUGUUUGAUGUAGUCGACUGCCACUGUUUGAUGAGGGCCGGAAGGUUCUGGCCCUGGUCCUGGUUUCCAGUUCCACUGGCACUGGUGGUGGAGGAGGAGGAGAGGAGGGCGAAUAGCGUCCCCGUCGCCAGGUCGACGGCGGUCUCUGCGCGCGCUUCAAGGUCAAGCGUCGAGUGGCGGUUCCAAUGGCGCAUAAGCGACGUCCACAGCCCUUCAGUAUCCUCCUCCGAAAGAGCCGGGAAGAUUUGCCCCGCGGCUCGUUUCCAAAACGUCUGCUUUGCGACACUUUCGAAGCGCACAUGUAGCACGCGCAGAUCGACCGCCUGGCAGAGGACGUACAGGUGGCUUGCGAGCAUGAGCCCGAAGACCUCGACUGCAUCCGCCGCAUACCGCGCGGCGAUGAGCGCGAGCGAGUUCACGGGCUGGUUAUUUACAUCGGCUGUUUGCACAAAGUUGCUCACGGGGGUGUUCAAGUACCCCAAUUCAGACAUGUACGCGGCCAUGUUGAUAUCGACGCCCUUGAGCGCGUAGGAGAGGGACGGGUCGUCGGCGCAGAGGUUGGGCGUGAGCCCUUUACUGAGCAUGGGGUUUAUGAGUUCCGAGCACUGCGAGAAGAUGAGUUUGCCCAGGGACUGCAUUGCGGAUGUGGUUUUCUCCAUGGCGGUCGUGAUGGAUGUGGCUUGGAAGUUCCCGCCGUGGUGGAUUGUGCUGUUUGGCGCGUCGAAGAGAGGGUUGUCGGUUGUGGAGUUUAGUUCCGUGGAGACUUGCGCCAGGGCCAGGGCCAUGUUCUCGACGUGUGGUCCUAUCCAUUGCGAGGCGGUGCGGAGCGCGUACCGGUCCUGCGCUAGAUCAUUCGUUGCCGUCGUGUGCGCGUGGUCGAUUGUUAGCCCCGAAUCCGAGAGGAAGCGGUGGAUGUUACUUGCGACUUCGCGCUGGCCCGGGUGCGGGCGGACGUCGGCGAUGAAGGGGUCGUAGUUCUGGCGCGUGCCCAGGAGGGCCUCGGUGGACAUUGCCGUUGCGACCUGGGAGAGGAGGACGAGCUGGUUUGCUUCGUGCAGGACGAGGCUUGCGGCGCCCGUGCUAAAGGCCGUGCCGUUUAGUAGGCCGAGGGCUUCUUUCGGUUGGAAGCAGAGGGGUUCGAGGCCGAGUUGCGCGAGCGCUUUGUCGGCGGUCAUGAUUUCGCUGUUGUGCUUUGCGCCGCAGUGGAUGUAGAUGUCCGAGUUGCCCUCGAGUGCCCCGGCGAUGUAUGCGAGUGGGGUUAGGUCACCCGAGGCGGAGAUACUCCCUCGCAGAGGGACGACAGGAAUAAAGUCCUCGUUGAUCAUCGUCGCGAGGUUCUGCACCAGCUCAACGCGCACGGCAGAGUGGCCGCGGAGAAGUGAGUUGCACCGUGCAAGCAUGGCCGCCUUGACGAUGGGAAUUGGGACGGAAUGCUGGCGCAGAUUGUCGAGGAUGAACGAGGAGCCCAGGCCCCGAUCCGACGGGAGCAAUACAGCCGUGUUGUGAUGCUGCACCAAGGCCUUUUGGAGAUCCUCGUGGGCGUGCGUGCGGGUGUCUGCGUUGCCGCCGAAGCCGGAGUUGACGCCGUACACAACUCGCCCUGUCGCCAGGCGCUCGUUGAGCAGGGCGACGCUGGCCUCCAUACGAUCGAGGACAUCGCGGUUGGAGGUUACAAAGAGCUUGGCUCCGUA